AUCGCCUUUCAGGUAACACAUCUCAGAUAAAAUAUUGUUCCACGCCUUAACAAGAAGCUUCACUUUGAAAUAAGUGCCAGCAAACAUGGCUCGUUGCCAUUUUCAUCAAAUCAUAAUAGCUGCCUGUUUCAUCUGGGCGGCGACUUUGGCGAUUGCAGAAAAUGCAACUGAAGCUCCGACCACAACUGAAAACGUUGUUAUUAGCACUGAGGUUACAAAACAAGAAACUUCACCCACCUUAGCACCGACAACAAUUCCGCCAGCAAUUCAAACAACAAUGUAUGAUACAAUGGCAGUUAAUAUAUGCAAUGUGUCAAUGGUUUCUUCAAGCCCAGGUGAAGGUAACAAACGUGUAAAGUGCACUUGUAACCCGUUUAGUUCCCAUAUCGACUGCAGUCAACUGGACAUCGUUGAGUUGCCUCAAAAUAUAUCUUUUCCGAAAUCCGCACAUGUAGCAUCAUUCGCUGGCAACAGGAUCAGCAAUCUUAAUAAAUACACAUUCUACAACGGACGUGGAAUCUUUGACUUAAGCGUUGCUUACAAUCAUUUAGAUUUCGUAAGCGUUCAAUCCUUUAAUGCUUUCAAGAACUUACUGCAUUUAGAUCUCAGCCACAACCGACUUUGGAAUCUACCCGUCGCCGUUUUCCAGGAUCUCACUGACUUGAAACGUCUGGAUUUGAGCUACAACGAUCUAAUCAAUGUCUACCCAGCACUCUUUGCUCCUUUGGUUGAUUUAAGGGAGCUGAAUUUAGAAUCAAACCCUAUGCAAGCACUGGAACCGAAACACUUUGAGCAUCUCACGAAAUUGGAAUCCCUCAACCUUAAAUCUACAUUGCUGAAUUUCAUUCCAGACCACGUUUUUGCAUUUACACCAAAAUUGAAAUCCUUGAAUCUGGCAAGCAACCAAUUAGAUGAAAUUCCGUCCGAAGCUCUGAGGAUUCUAGACCAUCUCAGGACCCUUGAUCUUAGUGGAAAUCCAAUAAAAACUGUCCCAGCAGGAUCCUUUCUUGGCCUUAGGACCCUAACUAUGUUAUACUUGAACAGAAUGCCUGAACUGAAAACGAUUGAGAAGUACGCUUUUGGCGAUUUGGAACACUUGGAGGAACUUCAUUGCAGUUAUAACUUCCAUUUGUCUGAAAUCGAUGAAUUCGCGUUCUUGAAUAAAGCCAAUAACCGCAAACUACGACUUUCUCAGCUCUUUUUGAGGCAAAAUGCUCUGACCACAUUGUCGAGUUACAUCCUUGACUGGAGUGACGAAGUUGAGUUACAUUUGCGAGAUAAUCCCUUAGAAUGUGACUGUCAAAUAGAAUGGAUGGUUCAUCUGAGACUGAAGAAUGACUUCCAGAGUCAAGCCAGGUGCAGUGGUCCUGCCGCCUUGCAAGGACUUUCGCUGUCAGAGUUGAAGGAUCAUGCACUUUCGUGUGGAAUGGAACUGUCUGAAAUAAUCAUGGUCACAUGUGCCGUAGUUGCCGGCCUCCUAAUUGUGGUUUUGAUCGUUUCUUUCCUGGUGUGGAGGCGAAGUUACGCUGGCUACAGCAAGCCAUACUUCUAUGGCUCGAAAAACAGGCACGUGCAAGACAUCGAUUACAGAGGCGAUGACAAUUUCAUUAUAACUGUGUUUUCUUCUCUUUUAAACUCAUUGUCAUUUAUUUAUUCUUUCAGAAGAGCUCAUUAUACGAAAAAUAUGAAACAAAAGAGCAUAAUCAUGUCAUUUUUACAAGUUAUAGUCCUGCUAACUUUAUGCAUUAGCUUAUCGCUGACUUCAGAUACUUUAUGUAAAACAGUAUGCUAUUGUGAAAAUAACGAUGAGCAAAACUAUAUGAAAUUAGAUUGCUCAAGAGUUUGGUUUUCGGUUGUGCCUCCAGUAACAGACUGGCCAGCGAACAUCACACACAUGGAUCUCAGUUCAAACAACAUAAGUACACUAGAUACUGAGCUUUCUCAUUCUUCUGUACAAGUCCUCGAUUUGAGUCACAACAGGAUACAUUCAGUCACGCAGUCUGCUUUUGGAGGUUUGAUCAACUUGCAGUACCUCAACCUAGCUAACAACGUCAUCAGACAUUUUGAAGAGAACGGUUUCUAUGGACUCGACCACUUGAAAUCUUUGAACUUAAGUAGCAAUGGAUUGGAAUCGCUCCCUAACAAUAUCUUUUACAACUUCAUUGGAUUGCAAGAGUUGUCUCUCUCUGAUAACCCAUUGAUACAUGUGGAUCCAAUUCAUUUUAACAGAAUGAUUAAUCUCAGGUGGCUGGAUUUGUCCAGCAUUAAAGCUUACGAUUUCCAACCUAAUAUGUUCCACAACACAGGUCAACUGGAGUUUCUGGACUUGUCUUACAACGAUUUCCACAAUGUGCCCACAAAUUCUCUGCGCAGUGCGAGAAAUCUGAAACACUUACGUUUAAAUGGAAACCCGAUUGAGACCAUCGACAAGAAGUCCUUCAUCAAGAUGGGUUCGCUUGAAAUACUCGAGUUGAGUCACAUCGACAAACUCCAGCAUAUAGAAGAGAUGACAUUUUCGGAUCUUGUCAAUCUCAAGUCACUGCAAAUGCGAUAUAACCGACACCUGGCAUACAUUCAUCCACAGGCGUUCGAUGGACUGUUCAAUUCCAGCAGACCAGUUCUUCAAGAAUUGGAUUUAGAAGGAAAUCAGCUACGUAGCUUGUCCAGUGGUAUGACUUCUUGUGCUAAAAUGAGAAAGUUUAACCUCCAGAAAAAUCCAUGGACAUGCGAUUGCACUCUAAAGUGGAUUACAGAAUGCCACAUCCAACGGAUUUACAGCGCAGAUUUAAAGUGUUCUAUGCCGGCAACACUGACCAAUGUUUUGAUUUCAACUCUCAGUGAGGAUGAUUUCAAAUGCGAGUAUGCACAAAGUGAUAUCGCAUUUAGAAUUGUGCACCACGAGCACAUCGUCAGAAGCGUCUCUAUUGGUCUAGGAGUCACUCUGCUCGUCGUCCUGGCGUUUGGAUUGGCCCUGCUCUUCAAGUGGAGGGACAUCAAAGAGUGGUACCGUUUCAAUAGAAAAGGACCCGGUGCAGUGUAUUAUGUCCGUGCCAGGGCGAAUCCUGGACACAUAUGAACAUGAUGAUGAUUGUGUGGGUGUGUUCUUUCUCUCUACUGUUCAGUUAGCUUAUGAACAAGGCCAGUAUUUUCAGAAAGCAUCAAUCAGUUAAAUUCCCCACCCCCCUCAAAAAAAAAAAAAAAAAAAAAAACCGGAAUAAUAAAGAAAGAAAGAAAGAAAGAAGAAGAAAAAUUACUGUACUUGGGGCACAAACCCAAUGCAAUAAGAACCUGCGUACCUUUCACAGUGCUGCCAGGUUAGGUUUGUAUUACAGUCAAACCUCGUUUAUUCGAACUCGCUUGAAACGUAUUAUCGCUAAGGUGACCUACUUUUCUGAUCACUGUCGUAUUGUUUGCUGGAUAAGACGAACAACGGUUAAGACGAAUUGAUUUUGAAUUUUACUUAGAGUUCGUUUUGACGAGGUUUGAUUGUAAUUUUUUUUUUUUCAGAGUUUUAAAUUCAAGAAAUUGGUGAGUCUCCGGAAAGGUAUAUGUGUGUUCGAUUGAGUAUCUAUUCCACUUUAUGUUCAUCGUAUAGGCAUGCCAACUCAUAUAAAUUCGUCUCCGUUCAUUUUAGCCGAAAGAUUUAUUUUUUCCAGUUACUGCUAAGCUCCAAAUAAUUCGCUUUUUGGAAUUUAGAAUAUGACCUUUUGUGUCCGUUACCCAUUAGGAAUUUUAUUUAUAUAUUUCCAACAACAAAAGAAGAAAAAAACUUAUAGGAUUUCCUCUUUAUUCGACGCUAAGGUAAAAUGCUUAGUAUCGUAAUAGAGAUAGACAGUUAAAGAAUGAACAAAUUAAUUUAAAAUUCUACUGAGAAGAAGAAUUUGGAAUUAUCUUCCACUAUACCAUUCUCAAGAAAAGUAGUCAGUCAUGUGCACACGCAGCUAGUUUAACUUUCCUUGACAUAACUUUGCCUUUCAUUGUAAGAUAUGAAAAUAUUAUUACGAUUUUCCGAAUUCACGUUAAACAACUAUGGCACUAACAAAAUGUUUAUUUAACAUUUCCCCCUAAACAAGGUUUAAUUUUAAUCAAGAACGAAGGAAUGCGUUAUAUUUCAGAGCUUUCACAUUAGAUUUUAGAAUUUAAGGUUUUUUUUUAAUUGAACUUUGUAAAAUUGCCAAAAUUGUCAUCAAGUUUAUGAGGAUCACUCAAAACCUAUUAGUCUGGUGCUUCUUUCUUUUUUCCUUUCUUUCUUUUCUUCUGUAUAAGUUGUCAUUAAGCAAUUUUUCCAUGACUAAUGAACAAUUUUGAUCACAUUGGUUACAAUAUAAUUACAAAAAUCGUUUCCGAAGAAAUACUAAUGGUUCUUCAAUAACAUUACUUUUCGCAAGAUCAGGCUCCUAGAAGUCAUUAUUAUUUAAAAAAGAUUGUACUUUUUACAACUUCUUCAUAAGAAAGAAAUGAAUGUUUUAAAAUAGUAACUGACUUCAAAAUCAAAGAGCAGUCUUUUUCUGAUUUUUUUUUUUUCCAUUUUAGGAAUAUGUAUUUCAAAAUAAAAACUGAAAGAAUGAGAUCGAUAUUGCCAAGUGAAUUCGACGAUUUAUUAGCUGUCAAGUUACGUCUGUACAGUAGAACUUAUAUUUUUUCUGGCUUAGCUAUUUCAUAUAUGAUUUUUUUUUCCUUUCUAUUCAUCAUUUUUUGCACAUUAUUUAUAGAUUUUUUUUUCAUGUUUCCCAUUAAAAAAAUCCUUACAUUUAUUCCAAAUGUCGUCAUAGACUAUUGAAGUUAAUUAGAUUCUAAAUGUCCAAAUAUUGAAGGAAGUUCAGUAAAUUACCGCCCAUUAGCCAGGGCUAAAGCAGGAAUACGUGAAAUACACCGCCAGCUCAAUCAUUUCCAGCCGAGGACUGCAGUUUCGUGCUUAUUAGCACUCAUCAGCCCGGCAUAGGAAAGUGACUGAGCUGGAGAUGGAAAACUUCUUAAGGAAGCCAAGAGUGUGAAACAAACUGGUAGCUAAUAUAGAAUUAGCAGACCAGACGAGUGACCGAAGCAAUGGUUCGGUUCAACUCGAAGAUUGAACACAAGUCAAGGUAUAUUCAGUAAAUUACCGCCCAUUAGCCAGGGAUAAAGCAAAAAUACGUGAAAUACACCGCCAGCUCAGUCAUUUCCAGCGGAGGACUGCAGUUUCGUGCUUAUUAGCACUCAUCAGCCCGGCAUAGGAAAGUGACUGAGCUGGAGAUAGAAAACCUCUUAGGAAGCCAAGAGUGCGAAACAAACUGGUAGGACUGAGCUGGCGGUGUAUUUCACGUAUUUCUGCUUUAGCCCUGGCCAAUGGGCGGUAAUUUACUGAAUAUACCUUGCCUUGCGUUCAAUCUUCGAGUUGAACCGAACCAUUGCUUCGGUCACUCGUCUGGUCUGCUAAUUCUAUAUUAGCUACCAGUUUGUUUCGCACUCUUGGCUUCCUUAAGAGGUUUUCCAUUUCCAGCUCAGUCACUUUCCUAUGCCGGGCUGAUGAGUGCUAAUAAGCACGGAACUGCAGUCCUCGGCUGGAAAUGACUGAGCUGGCGGUGCAUUUCGCGUAUUGAAGGAAGUAUUUCGUAUUUUCUCCUUACAUUUUAGGUUCAUUCAUGCAUUUGUGCAUUAUUAGAGCUUUCCAAUGGGUUGUGCUUUUCACACCGGUGUUGUGUACAUUUUCAUAUUGUGAAGUUUCUGAUACAAGAAAUUAUCGAUAAAUAAAGUGUAUUAC